AGAAAUUUUCCAUAAACCUUUCCAAUUUCUCCGCAGUCUCUGUGAAAUUAGGGUUCGAUGAUUAAGCUCCUUGGUUCCAAUCCAUCGCGUGUCAAUGCCAUUUUUGGGACACUACUUUACUCAACUGAGGCCCUGGCCUCCUGUUCACCCCCAUUUGAAACUCUGUACCUUAGAAUUUCGCGGGCUGGAAACCCUAGGGUUUCCAUUGUCCCAGUGCUCGAUCAGUGGGUCGAAGAAGGGAGAGACGUCAACAAAUCAGAGCUCCAAAGUUUCGUCAAGAUGCUCCGCAAAUAUCGCCGCUACAGCCACGCACUUCAGAUUUCAGAAUGGAUGAGUGAUGCAAGGAACCAUGAUCUAUCUCCUGGUGACAUUGCGAUUCGGCUAGAUUUGAUCUCGAAAGUUUGUGGCCUAGAACAAGCCGAGAUGUAUUUUAAUAGCCUCCCAGACCCAUUGAGAAAUUUCAAAGUGUAUGGUGCUCUUUUAUUCUGCUCUGUAGAGCAUAAAUCUUUGGAAAAGGCUGAGAAUCUUUUCGAGAAGAUGAAGGAGUUAGGUUAUUUGAAAGGACCAUUGCCUUAUAAUGUUAUGUUAACCCUCUAUUCUCAGUUGGAUGAACAUGAAAAACUAGAUAUUCUGGUCAAAGAAAUGGAAGAAAAAGUCAUUGAUUAUGACAGCUCCACAUUGAAGAUUCAGUUGAACUUGUAUGCAAACACUUCUGACAUAGACAGAAUGGAGAAGCUUUUAAUGAAGAUAGAAGCUGAUCCUUUGGUCACAGUAGACUGGAAUGGUUAUGUUGUUGCAGCGAAAGGGUUCUUGAAAGCUGGCUUAUUGGAGAAGGCAUCAUCAAUGCUUAGGCGAUCCGAGCAACUCGUUAGCAAUAAAACAAGGAGACUUGCUUAUGAAAUCUUCCUCAGUUUAUACGCUGCUAUUGGGAAUAAAGAGGAGGUUUAUCGUAUUUGGAAUAUGUACAAAUUUAUGGCGAGAUUUAAAAAUUCCGGCUAUCUUUGUAUGUUAAGUUCAUUAGUGAAGCUGGAUGACAUUGAUGGUGCUGAGAUGAUCGUGGAGGAAUGGGAAUCUGGGGCAAAGUUCUUUGACAUUCGAAUUCCCAACUUUCUGAUCACUACUUACUGCAAGAAAGGUCUUUUGGUGAAGGCCGAAUCAUAUAUAAAUAAGCUUGAAGAGAGCGGAAAGCCGCUGGAUGCAAGCACAUGGACUCGUUUGGCAGCCGGUUAUCAUAUGCACGGUCAGAUGGCGAAGGCAGUGGAAACAAUGAGAAGGGCAAUAUUGGCAAGUCAACCAGGAUGGGAGUUGAAUCAUUUAAUUUUGGCUGCAUGUCUUGAGUACUUGAAAGAGAAGGGAAAUUUGGAAUUUGCACACGAGCUUCUGAGUUUAAUUAGAGAAAGGGAUCAUUUUUCAGAAGAAUUGUGUGAUAAAUUAGAAAAGUAUAUUAUUUAGUGGUGAACCUUAGAAGAGAGAUGGGAAGUAUCACAGGAACUUUUGAGAUUAUUGGCAGGAAGUGAUGAUCUUUCAACAGAUUUGUACGACAAAUUAGAAGAUUGUACAUAUGGUGAAUCUCAGGUUUUGGCCUUGAUAAAGUGAAAUAGGAUAUAUUCAUCGAGGGAUUGAUGAAGUCGAAGAUGGGUAAAAUUAAAGAUGGAGGCGCAUGGGGUGGUGGAGCUUAAAAAUGUGGUAGCAGCUAAAUACAUAUUUCAAUCUGUAGAAGGUAUGCUGUUCUAUGACCAACACCAAAAAACGAGAGGUGAACAUCCCUGCCACCCCAGUCCUUUGAAUGCUGCAGAUGACUUGAUAGCUGCUAGUUGACCCUCAGCAAAUACAUUUUUCACCAAAAAGCCGAAGGAAUGUUGCUCUCUUUCGUGUUAUCGUUCUAUUUGAGGCGGAUGGAAUGAACGUGUACAUGAGUUCCUUCAAAUAAAUUUUUUGAAAGAGAGUUGGCCAUCAAGAACAACGAGAAAGAGGAAAUGAAGGUGUUUCUUUUUCUUUGUGUUACACA